AUGGACCUGCUAAUAGAUGACCACAAGGCAGUGAACUGCCCCGUGGGGACCUUCUACGGCAACGAGACGAGCUGUACGCCGUGCCCGAUAGGUACGUACUCCGACCGGGAAGCAGCUGACUCGUGCGUUCCCUGCCCGGCCAACAAGACAACGUUGACGGAAAAGGCGAGCUCCGAAUCUGAAUGCCGAGCGCUCUGCGAGCCUGGGACCUGGUCCACAACCGGCAAGGAGCCGUGCACUGCGUGCGGCACGGACGCUUACCAGGACCAGAGCGGCCAGUCGUCGUGCAAGAAAUGCUCAGCCGGCUUGUCGACAGGGCAAUGGGGCGCCGACUCUUCCACGUCCUGCAGAGAUAUGUGCGAUGCCGGAACGUACUCGAAAAACGGACUCAAGCCAUGCACCGCCUGCCCCAUUGGCCAUUAUCAACACGGCAGAAACCAAACCACCUGCAUUGCAUGCGACGCCGGACUCAGCACGCGCAUGACCGGCACCAUCAGCAAGUCCGACUGUGUGGCACCGGACCAUUGCAAGCGGCUGCAGCCGUGCGCCAACGGGUCGACGUGCGUGGACGAGCCGAGCGGCUACCGGUGCGUGUGCCCCCCCGGUCUGAGCGGCAGCCGCUGCGAGCUGGACGCAGACGACUGCGCACCGGGCUUGUGCCAGAACGGCGCCAGGUGCAUCGACGGCCGGGACUCGUUCACCUGCCUCUGCCCUCCGGGCUACGUGGGCAGCGCGUGCGAAAUCGACGAGGACGACUGCGUGUCCGCUCCCUGCUUGAACGGCGCCACGUGCAUUGAUGGCGUCAACGAGUUCACCUGCCACUGCGCUAGGGGCUUCACUGGCAAGCGCUGCGAGGCGGCCUUCCACGACUGUGCCAUGAUGCCUUGUCGGAACGGCGGAUCCUGCUUCGAGAGCUUCGCGGGCUUCCGCUGCUGCUGUCCGAAGGGCUUCACGGGCGAAAGGUGCGAACUCGUGCAGCGCGCCUGCUCGCCCAACCCGUGCGCCAACAGCGGCACGUGCGUCGUCACCGGGGCCGACUCCUUCGAGUGCGCCUGCGCGCCAGGCUACGAGGGCGACCUGUGCGACCGAGACGUGGACGAGUGUGCCUCGCAGCCGUGCCUCCACGGCGGCACCUGCGCGGACGGCCGCCACUCGUUCACCUGCCACUGCAGCGGGCUCUACGAGGGCGCCACGUGCGCUGCGGUACGUUCGUCGCAGUUCUCUCUACAAUUCCCAAACGCAUCCGUGCUGAACUUCGCCAAGCUUCCGGUGAAUCGUGCCCUGCACGCUCUCACGCUGUCCUUCUACCUUAAGACCUCGCAGACCAAGGAGCGAGGCACCGUGGUCUCCUACGCAUUCGUUGACCCGCGCACCAAGACUCUCCACGACAACGCGCUCACCAUCUCGGACCCCAACAAGCUGCUGCUGUACGUGUUCGGCGAAAGCUACGACACGCAAGCCGUGGCCAACGACGGCCAGUGGCAUCACUGCGCGAUCACGUGGGACAGCGCAGACGGUCAGUGGGUCUUCUACUGGGACCAGCGGGUGACGGCACAGGACACCAGGGCGGCCGGCGAGUAUCUCUUCGCCGGUGUGCUGGUCCUGGGUCAGGACCAAGAUGACCUUGGCGGGGACUUCAACGGCAUCGAGGCCUACUCAGGACACGUGGCAGAGCUCAACUUGUGGGAUUACGCCAUGUCUCCAGACGAGGUGAAGCAACUCUCCCUGACAUGCGGUCUAGCGGGAAACGUCGUCUCCUGGCCCGAACUUCGCCAAGUCGCCACCAGUGGCCUGGUCAUUGAUGACUACGCGGAGCCGUGCAAAACUACACCCGGCAGCAUGGACGUUUCGUGCCACAGUGCCUCAAUCUCCUUGGAAAGCCGCACGCGCUGUUCCCGAAGGGUGCCGCCGUGCAACACGUCCCCGUGCCAGAACGAGCAGCAGUGCAUCGAGAACGACGACGGCUCUUCUGAAUGUCGGUGCAGCGACUCAUACGAAGGCAGAUAUUGCCAGUAUGAUGUUGACGAAUGUUUAUUCGGCAGUCACAACUGCUCCCACCUGUGCAUCAACACUCGGGGAUCGUACGCAUGCGCUUGCCCGCCAGGGAUGGCUCUCGGGGAUGACGGCGCCGCGUGCCUGGAUACGAGUUACUGUGCCUACGGUCUGUCCACAUACCUCGAGGGAGAAUCAUGGGAGCGAGAUUGCCAACGCUGCACCUGUGGCCAGGGGCUGGCCACUUGCUCGCCCAUCGUGUGCACAGCCGUGAGCUGCGGUGCGGGCCAAGUCCUAUUCAAGAAGUCGGAUCAAUGUUGCCCGUCCUGCGUCGAAGAGCAACCCAAGUGCUUACUACUGAAGAACAGCACCCUGGUUACGUUCGACGGGCUUUCGUUCCCCCUUAGCCGGGAAAGCGAGUUCGUCAUGUUCCAAGACUGUCACCACGGCAAUUUCUACGGCCACGUCAGCCUCUCCAAAAAAGAGGUCGCCGUGCACGUGUUCAUCCGCUGCACGAGGGCCACGCUGUUCCCCAACGGAAGCGCGGCGGUCGACGGCCAGCUCGUUCCGCUCCCGCACGCGACAGGAGACGUCGCGCUCGAGGCGCACGGCGGCGCGCUCGAGCUGCGCGUGCACCGCCACGGCCUGGUUGUCGCGCUGCACGCGGACGGCACCGUCGUCGUCUCGUUGCCGCACGGCUUCGACGGCAAGACGUGCGGGCUGUGCGGAAACGCUAACGGCCAAGUCCGCGACGAUCUGACCACCAAGCACCACAUCAGCGCCAAAACAACAGAGGAGUUCCUCGCAAGUUGGAAGCUGCCCGCAAAAGACCGUGAAGGAAGGAAGAAUAAGUACGCGGCCUGCAGCGAUCUCCCUCACGCGGUGGCCAAGAGUGCGAUACAGACGUGCCGAAUGAUCAGAAACAACAAGAACCUGCAGGCCUGCUUCAGGCGCCUCGAAAACCCGUGGGUGUUCUUCGAGAACUGCGUCGAGCAGAUGUGCUCAUGUCGAGGAAAUGGCUACUGCUACUGCGAUGCAUUCGCUGCUUUCAAGUUGGCCUGCGAGCAGCGCAACAUCACAUUCAACCAACUGCCCGGCAAGACAUGCGAGAGUCUGUGUCCGGCAGGAAUGGAGUUCCUGACGUGCGGACCCGUCAACAUUCCAAGAUGCUCGCCCCAAGAAAAGCUGGCCAGAGAUUCCUGUAUGCCUGGCUGUUUCUGCCCUUCGUUCAAAGUUCUGCACGAGGGGCAAUGCAUUGAUAGAGAGUCGUGUCCAGCAACGCCUUGGCGUAAUUUCCGCAGAACGUAUAGUGCCAAUGACAUGUCAUAAUUUCGGUUAUUGUAUGCCCGUACAUCUCAGCACCUUCUAUCACACAGGUCUUAUCACGUAAAUUUGCCUAUUGUGAAAUAAACUAUUUUCAAGAAA